AUGGAGACCUGGCGCGCCUGCAGCAGGCCCCCCCACAUGGCCCAGCGGCGCGCAGACUUUGCCGCCGCGACGCCCUGGUUCCACGGCGUGCAGACGGGCUUCUGGAGCACCAACGCCGGCGACCCCAGGAACACGCGCGGCGCAGGCGGCGCGGAGGAGAAGUACUGCACGGGGCUGUACGUCGCGGGCUGCCCGCCGGCGGGGCGCUACAUCGACGCCGAGGUCGUCAUCAGCUCCAUCAACGGCGCCGGCAACAACGCGGGGCUCGCCGCCGCCCGCGAGCGCGAGAUGCGCCACAGCAUGAGGUCCCGCGUCCCCGUCGGCAUCGCCGUCAACAAGGACGCCGCGCGGCCCGAUGCGCACGGCGUCCAGACGUUCCCCUGCGCCGUCCCCGGCGGGCUCGAGUGCGCCGUCCUCGGCUGGUUCGUCGCCACGCACAUGUGGGAGAAGCCGGGCCGCGGCGGCGGGGGGGUGAGCGUGUGGAUGGUGAGGCUGGAGAAGAUCGACAUCGCCGCCCGCAGCUGGUGGGCCGAUGCGAAGUGGGCAGGCCGGCCCCAUCCAGGCCUGGAGGAGCGCGACUUCACGACCAAGGCCGCCGACGAGGCGUGCCCUGCCUGCGGGGAGGUGUCGGUGAGGCUGUUCGCGCCGCGCUUCGUGUGCCUCAACAAGCACUGCCGCGACUGGUUCCUCGUCGACGGCGAGCACGCCGACGCCGACCCGGCCAACCUCGUCUACGACCGCCGCUUCCUGGCCGAGCGCCUCGACAGGCUGAACGACGGUAACUCCCUGCACGACGCCGCGCGCCGGUUCUGGGACUUCUACCCGGCCAUGUACCCGACCUGGGAGCAGUUCCUCGCCAGGAACCACCCCGACGCCGGCCAGGCAUCACGACCGUCCUCCCUGACGCCGCAGAACCUCGCAGCGAGGAACGAGGCCCUCCUCGCGGGCUUCUCGUGCCCGCAGUGCGGCCUGGCCAACUCGCGCGUCGACUACCACCGCUGGCACUGCCGCAACACAGACUGCCGGGGCGCAGACGGCAACACCAGCCCCUUCAGCUACCACGCGCCGCCGGAGACGGUAACGCCGGCGUUCCUGGCGCUGGAGCGGGCCGCGGCGGGGGGCGGCGACAGGGCCGGCGCGGCGCCGCCCCUGCACGAGCUGCACGGCUUCGUGGGGACCGUGGAGCUCUGGUCGCACACGUGCCACGUCUUCGACUUUGGCGGCGGGUGCCGGCUGACCCUCUUCCGCCCGAGGCCCAACAGCGUGGCGGCGCAGAUGUCGGACGCCGUGUUCGAGGCGGUGCAGGGGGCCGCGGCGUCGGGGGCGCUGGGCCUCGCGCGCCGCAGCAUCACGGCCAACGGCGGCGGCGGCGGGCUGACGAACCACUUUGUCGAGAACUUCGGGGAGCGGUACUACCUGCCCUUUGCGCUGGGCGACAACCCCAUGGCCGGGGCGCCCGAGGUCGUGCGGGACGCGCUCGAGACGGCGAAUAUCUACAUGGGGGAGUACUUUGGGGAGGACAAGAGGGACGAGUGGGAGUUCAACGAGCUGUAUGUUGCUGCGUACCAGUCGCGCAGGAUGCACAUGAGCUUCCACGACGACGGCGAGAGGAAGCUCGGCCAUGUCAUCGGGACCUGGACCCUCGGCGGGCACGCGACCUUCAAGAUGUGCAUCAAGCCGCAGUACGACUACGGCCGCAAGAGCAGAGACGGCGCCUGGAUGCGGCCCCAGGACGACGGCACGGUCGACCCGGUGCCAAAGGGCUGCACCGAGGAGCCCUUCCGGCAGGGCCUGAGGGCGCAGUUCGAGCAGGGCAGGAUCGACGCGGCGCAGUGGGCGGCACAGCUCCAACAACACAUGGACGCGCACAUGGCCGGCCCGCAGAAGGGGAGGGGGAGGGCCUACGCCAAGCGGGCGCUCGUCUCCUUCGCCGUCGAGCACGGCGACGUCGUCAUCAUGUGGGGGCCCAACACGCAGCGGCUCAUGGAGCACGCCGUCGAGUGCAGGAGCCCCAUGCGCUUCGCCGUCACGCUGCGCCGCGUCACGGGGGACAUGGCCACGCCGAGGCAGUGGGAGGCCCUCGACCGCCGGCUGGCUGCUGACAUGGCGUUUACCCCCCCGUGGGCCGAGGGGGGAGCGAAGCAGGAGGAGGCUGCUGCUGAGGAGGAGGAGGAUGGGGAUGGCGGCGAGCCGGCUGCGAAGAAGGUGAAGAUGUCUGGGGCGGAGGAGGCCGGGGUUGGAGGGGCCCGCGGCGAGGCCCAAGUUGAGGACCAGGUUGAGGCCCGGCCGGCUGGGGCGAGGGUGACGAGGUCCAGGUCCAAGAAGGCUAGGCAAGACAAUCAGUAG